GCGAAAGAAAAAAAAAAGUUCCUAACAGUUUGAUGCUAGAGGACACGACGGCCAUUGAUGACCCUACAGUCACGAGACAAUUAGUUCAGCAGCUGUGAGCGAUUUAGCUUGUUUUUCGGUUUUCGUCGCUUCCAUCACGUUUUCCUGUCCGCUACCGCAGACUAUCGGUCACUCCCCCCAUCGGAAGUUGACCCGUCCUGCAUUUCUCUCCUCGAUCUCGGGAAUCUCGCACGCCUCGGGCUACCCCUCGACCAAGCGUUGUUUGAGAUACCUGCUCCUGGUCUCUAGCGCCCCUCCGGUCGCUCCUAUGUUUGAGUAGUUCCGCCAGCCUAUUGCGAUCUCAUUGAACGGGUUUGUUGUGUGGUGGAUCUCAGUGCCCACAUUCCUCGGUUUGGUUGCUUCUAGGGAAUUUGCAAUCUUUUCGCCGCCAUGAGCUAUCAACAAGCCCAGGACAUGUAUCACGACAACUCCGCCGCGCGUUCCCCUGGCUCCCAACGCCACCAGCAGCCGCUGCAUCGUCAACCCUCUCGCCAGUUCGACGCGUACGGUCCCAUGCCGGUCAAUUUGUACGACGACAUGGCUCGUUAUGACACUGGUCGGCUGGAGCGACUGAACUCGUCGUUGCAUAACAACUCCUACGCCUACGAUCUUGCGGGCUCCCAGACCUGGAAUCCUAAUGGCUUUUCCAAUGCGCAAGCCCUCGGAGGGAUCCGGUCAGCUUCGACCAGCCUGAAGACGACUUCGCGCACUGGCAGGGCCGGCUUGCCAACGACCUGGCUUGAUCAGCAGCCAGGUAUUCCGAGUCCCUUCUCCAACCUCGGCCCCGGUCCCCUUCAGAGCAGCGCGAUGCGCCCCGAAGCCUCUGGUCCCUCGGAGGCGGAGGAUGAGUUGAUCCCCACCGCUAUCGUCAUCAAGAAUAUUCCAUUUGCGGUCAAGAAGGAGCAGCUGGUGCAACUCAUGACUGAACUUAACUUGCCCCUGCCCUAUGCGUUCAACUAUCAUUUUGAUAACGGCGUCUUUCGGGGAUUGGCUUUCGCCAACUUUACCUCCGCAGAGGAAACCGCGACCGUCAUCGAGGUCCUCAAUCAUUUUGAGCUCCAGGGUCGGAAAUUGCGGGUUGAAUACAAGAAGAUGCUUCCGCUACAGGAGCGCGAGCGGAUUGAGCGUGAGAAGCGCGAACGUCGUGGUCAGCUGGAAGAGCAGCAUCGCCCCAUGGCGACCUCGCAACUCCAGACCCAGAGUUCCAUGUCGUCUCUGACCUCCCACCUUCCCGCCACCUCCCCCUCGCCCGUCUCUCAGCGCGGUCAAAAAUUGGACGUCGAUCUCAAUGAUAGCACCACGCUUUCUUACUACUCCCAGCUUCUCCUGUUCAAGGAGGACACCGCGCGUGAUACUCUGGUGUUCCCGUCCAACCUCUCUCCCGUCCAGCGCCGUACCGUGCACACGCUUGCUCACAACAUGGGCCUGGGCCAUGCGUCUCGGGGAUCCGGUGAUCAGCGGCAGGUGCACGUGUUCAAGGUCGCACCUGGCACCAAUGUCAGCCCGCCGCUGUCGUCUAUCCCUGCCGCAGUGCAGCCAGCUGAGACAGCUCGUCGUGGGCUCAACCGCGCAGCAACAAUUGAUUUUAGUGAGUCUCGUAACGAGGGGCCCACUCAUUUUAGCACAUUGCGCGGCCAGCCCUCUGGCUUCCUCGGGGUUCUGGACUCCCCCAACAACUUUGGCAACACGCAGAACCUCCGAGCCGCGAAGUCGUUCGCGGAUCUGCGCUCCUACACCCCGUCGCCAGUCCCCUCUUCCGCCAGCUUCCCCGCGGCGCUGCAGUCUAACGGCGCGCGCCUGCAGCAUUACGAUGGUGCUACCAGCGGCGCAUCCAACACCCCUACGCUUACGUCCGCCCCGUCCGGCUCCUCCCUCGGCAUGCAGCGCGACGACAGUUUGUUGGUGAACAGCCUCAGCAGCCUUUCUCUGGGCACUGGAAUUGGCGGGCCGAAUGCGAGCCCGAGGAGAUUGCGGGGUAUGUUCUCUUGGGAGCAGCCAGAGAGUCAGCCCUCUAGUGCUGGUCCCAUCGGUAGUAACCGAUCCAUCGGAGUUGGAUUUGACGGUCAGUCACAGGAGCGCAUGCCCAUUAGGCAGCCGAGAGGCCCGAUGCCCGAGAAAGGCCCAGGAUUCCGACGCCCGAACGGACACCAAUCGCGCGGAAGCGACGAGUUACGCACCAGCUCUGGUGUAGAGAUUAUUGUGGAGUAAACACUUUGAUGGGGAACGAAGACGACGAAACUUGUUAGAUUGCUUUGCCGCAAGAUGCAUACGACUCUUAUAUCACGAGGCCUGAUCCUGUUCUGCGAUUAUUGGCUUACGAUUCGAU